AUGGCGCUGGCGCUCAAACCGGGGAGGGGGGCGGGGGGAGGCCUUUCCGCCCAGUGUGAAGCUUCUUCAGCCAGCCGCGGCGGAUCUAAGCCUAUGAAUAAAGCUCCGGCGAGUUCUGUGCCAUACACCCAGGUUUCGAUUAUUAAUUUACGCAUCCGCGGCCCUCCGGCACCCUCCGAGGGCUGUGUUGCGCGGGUCACCAGCCCUCCGACGUCGAGCGGCCGGGCUCUCACGCGCACAACUUCCGAGCAGGCCGAGGGCCCGGGCUCCGCGAGCAAGCAGCCCGGAGGGCCGCGCGGGGGGGACGCGGCUCCCCGACCUUCCCCGGCGCCUCGCCCGGCGGCCGGGGGCAGCCCCAUCAACCCCUGCCCCGGCUCCCGGGAGGCCGCGGCCCCGGCCCCCCAGCCCUCCGCAACUUUCCCUUCGCUCGCGCCCGCCUCUCCUCCGGGACCGGGGCCUGUCGGGCGCCCUCCCGCCCGCCCGCCCUCUUUCCCCCCCGCCCCGACCCCGGGCGGGCGGCCGGCCGGCCGGCCUCGGGCCGCGGCGCCUCCUCCUAAAAUGGCAGGUCCCUCCCUCCGCCCGGCCGGCCUCGGCGCGGGCCCCGGCUGCAGGCCGCAGUGGGGGAAGCCGGGCCGCCGGGCGCCGGGCGGGGCCGCGGCCGGACACUCACCGGGACGAUGGCGGGGCGCUCGCGCCGUUCCCUCCGGUGAGUCUCUGCCGCCGGCUUCCCGCCGCCGCCGCUGCGCCCCCGCCGCGGCCUCCGCCGCCAGUGCCGCCCCGGCCGCCUCUCUCUCCGCCCCCGGCGCUCCCGGCUCCGCGGUCUCCGAGCCGCAGCCUCCUCAGGUCUCGCUGCCCGGCUCGCGGGUCCGAGCGGCGCCCGGUGGGGCGGGGGUGUGUGUGGAGGCCGGGGAGGCGGCAGCCCCCCUCCCCGGCAAAUACCGCAGUCCCCGGACCCCGAGCCCCGCGGCGCGGCGGGGGCCGCGCGGCCCGGCCCGGCCCGCACAAGCGGCGGCGGCGGCGGCGCCCGCACCCCCCGCUCGGGGUGUCCGCUCUCCUGAGCCCGACUUGGGCCGCGAUCAGCAGCAGCGACGGCAGCAGUCUCCCCGGAUCCCCCCGCCGCUCUCGCCGCCGCCACCCCCGCCUCACUCCACUGGGGCUUUUUAUUAUUAUUCGGGCGGGAAGCGAAAGGGUUUAAAAAAAAACCCAACCAACAAAAUGGCGACGGACCGACCCGGUCGCUAUAGCAACUGUCAAUCAAAACGCAAACCGCCCCCCCCGGCGGCUGACGUGCUGACGUCCUCCUCCCGCCACCCCCGGCCCCAAGCCGGGGGGCGGGGUCACGUGAAGGAUAAAUUCGGAGCUCGCUACGAGUGUCAGAGGAGGGCGCGUGAUUCGCUCGGGGGAGGGGAGCGGAGGGGAGACGGCCCGGCUGAGGGGAGGGAAGGGGAAGAGGAAGACAGGGCAGGCGGGCGGGUGGGGGCCGAGGCGGCGGCCCGGCCUGUGCGCGAGCACCCGCCGCUUCCCCGGCCACCCGGCCGCACCCCGGCCCGCGCGUGCCGCGCCCGCGCUGACUGCGGUCCCGGGAGCGCGCGCGUCCCGUCCUGCGCGCCGCCGCCGCCGCCGCCCGCGGAGCCCGGCGCUUCCGCGUCGCGCGCGUGCAGCCCCGCCCGCGCCGGGGGGCCGGGGCUGCUCACCUGCAUCCCCGGGGAGCGCGCCGCCGGCCGCGCCCGCCCGCGGACUCAGGCUGCGCUUGGACCGGCCCGCGUGCCCCCCUCGCCGGAAAAGAUGCCCACGGAGGCUGCGGCGGCGGCGGCGGCGGCGGCGGCGGGGGGGGGUGGAGAAGAGGCCGCCUCCGCGCUUCAGACAUCUCAGGAAUUCCGGACGCUUCGCCCGGGUUCCGGGAUGCCCCUGCGGCCGACGCCUCUCUUAAACCCUGGCGGUCGAUCUUUGCAGCGGCCGGCGCCGGCUUUCAGAAAUGACGGACGGAGCCAUCAUAAGCACUCCAGGCUUUUCCACGGAUUUCAACCCCCCCAUUCCCCAUCCCUUUCGGGGCGCAGCCUUCCUUCCCCAUCGGAAUGCCCCGAAAAUUGA